CCUCCGUCUUCUCGAGACCAAACGGCCAAACCCCUCCUUGCUCUCUCUUCCUCCUCCAUGGCGAUGGCGACCGCUCACUCACCCGACUAAUUAAACAAACAAGCAAAGCAAUUAACCUCGCAUACGCAAGCAACGCACCCAGCAGCAGCAGCAGCAGCCCACUAAACUAGCUUAGCUAGCUACUAGCUCCCACCCCAGCCAGGCCAACAAAGUCAAGAAGAUAAGGAACUCCUCUUCUUCUUCUUCUUCUUCCCCCCAGAGGCCAGAGCAAACCCCACAGCAACCCAUGGAGAGGAUCCUGUUCGAGGAGCUGGCCGGCGACGCGGUGCGGGAGCUGCUGCGCGCCGUGCGGGGCACCUUCCUCUGCCGCUCCACCGCCGAGCGCCUCCGCCGCACCGUCGAGCCGCUCCUCCCCCUCGUCCAGUCCCACGGCCACGGCCACCACGGCCACCCGCUGCGCAGCAACGCCGAGCUGGGCGAGCUGGCCGUGCAGCUCCGGGACGCGCUCGACCUCGCCCGCCGCGCCGCCGCCGCGCCCCGCUGGAACGUCUACCGCUCCGCCCAGCUGGCCCGCCGCAUGGAGGCCGCCGACAGCGGCAUCGCGCGCUGGCUGGCCCGCCACGCGCCCGCGCACGUGCUCGACGGCGUCCGCCGCUUACGGGACGAGGCUGAUGCUCGCAUCGGCCGCCUCGAGCGCCGCGUCGAGGAGGUCGCCGCCGCCAUGCAGGCGCCUCCAGUACCCGCCGUGGUCGCGCCGGCGGCCCCGUGCAAGGGCGUGGCCAUGGCGGUGGAGCCGGCGCCGGGGAAGGCCAUGGGGUUGCCGAUGGAUCUGGAGCCACCGGAGAUGGAGGAAGAGGAGAAGGAGGUGGCCGUGGGAGGGGGAGUCAAGGUGGGGAAAGAGAAGGUGAAGGAGAUGGUGAUGAGCGGCGGCGGAUGGGAGGUCGUCGGGAUCUGCGGCAUGGGCGGCAGCGGCAAGACCACGCUCGCCAUGGAGAUCUUCAAGGACCAAAAAGUCCAAGCCUACUUCAACAAUAGGGUCUUCUUUGAGACGGUCUCGCAAUCCGCAAAUCUGGAGACCAUCAAGAUGAAGCUGUGGGAGCAGAUCAGCAGCGACAUUGUGCUUGGUCAAUAUAACCAGAUACCUGAAUGGCAGCUCAGGUUAGGGCCAAGGGAUCGAGGACCGGUCCUUGUUAUACUUGAUGAUGUGUGGUCUCUCUCACAGCUCGAGGACCUAGUCUUCAAGUUCCCUGGGUGCAAGACCCUUGUCGUAUCGAGGUUCAAGUUCCCCACAAUAGUCACCCGGACUUAUGAAAUGAAAUUACUCGGCGAGGAGGAGGCCUUGUCUGUCUUCUGCCGUGCCGCCUUUGACCAGGAGUCUGUUCCUCAGACUGCUGACAAGAAACUCGUUAGGCAGGUUGCUGCCGAGUGCAGAGGGCUUCCGCUAGCUCUCAAGGUCAUUGGUGCAUCCUUGCGGGGCCAGCCUCCUAUGAUAUGGUUGAGCGCAAAGAACCGCUUGUCACGAGGAGAGUCUAUUUCUGACUCACAUGAGACCAAACUCCUGGAGAGAAUGGCAGCAAGCAUUGAGUGCUUGUCAGGAAAAGUUAGAGAAUGUUUCCUUGAUCUGGGUUGCUUCCCGGAGGAUAAGAAGAUCCCUCUUGAUGUGCUGAUCAACAUUUGGAUGGAGAUACAUGACCUUGAUGAGCCAGAUGCUUUCGCCAUCCUGACCGAGCUGUCGAACAAGAAUCUACUUACCCUGGUCAAUGACGCACAGAACAAAGCUGGAGAUAUAUACAGUAGCUACCAUGACUACUCAGUGACGCAACACGAUGUGUUGCGGGAUCUAGCACUUCACAUGAGCGGCAGUGAUUCUCUGAACAAACGAAGGAGGUUAGUGAUGCCGAGAAGAGAAGAAUCACUCCCAAGAGAUUGGCAGAGGAAUAAGGACACUCCGUUUGAAGCUCAGAUUGUUUCCAUUCAUACAGGUGAGAUGAAAGAAUCUGACUGGUUCCAGAUGAAAUUCCCCAAGGCAGAAGUUCUCAUCCUCAACUUUGCCUCUAGUGUGUACUACCUCCCACCGUUCAUCGCAACUAUGCAGAACCUGAAGGCCCUAGUGCUUAUCAACUACGGCACUGCCAGCGCAGCCCUUGACAAUUUAUCUGCCUUCACCAUGCUCAGCGACCUGAGGAGCCUCUGGCUGGAGAAGAUUACACUUCCGCCACUGCCAAAAACCACGAUCCCGCUGAAGAACCUGCGCAAGAUCUCUCUUGUCCUUUGUGAGCUGAACGACAGUCUAAGAGGAUCAACAAUGGACCUCUCAAUGACGUUCCCGCGCCUGUCCAACCUCACCAUUGACCAUUGCGUAGAUCUGAAGGAGUUGCCACCUACCAUAUGUGAAAUCAGCUCCCUGGAAAGAAUCUCCAUCUCAAACUGCCAUGACCUCACAGAGCUGCCAUAUGAGCUGGGCAAGUUGCACUGCCUGAGCAUCCUACGGGUGUACGCCUGCCCGGCACUGUGGAAGCUCCCCCCAUCGGUAUGCAGCCUGAAGAGGCUGAAAUACCUUGACGUAUCUCAGUGCAUUAACCUUACAGAUCUCCCGGAGGAACUUGGUCACUUGACAAACCUAGAGAAGAUCGACAUGCGGGAAUGCUCGCGGUUGAGGAGCCUUCCGAGGUCCUCCUCGUCGCUGAAGUCCCUCGGGCACGUGGUGUGCGAUGAGGAGACGGCAUUGCUGUGGAGGGAAGCCGAGCAGGUCAUCCCAGACCUCCGGGUGCAGGUAGCAGAAGAGUGUUAUAACCUAGACUGGCUUGUAGACUGAUGUCCUGGGUGCUUUUGGCUCCAGGCUCACAAUGUACAAAUGAUGUGUAUAUUUUCCCUGUUUAAUGCAGGAUGGCAAGUCAAUACACUGUUCAGUUUAGACAUGUUCGGUGUUCAUGCAACUGACUCCAGUAACAACCA